AGAAUACGAGUCUACAGCUGCAUAGUGUAGCCAAGUCAGGGAGUAAUGGCAUGAGUACUGCCUUAUACUGUUUAGACAAGCUUCACGGUGCGCCCGUUGGAAACUAAUACUCGACUUAUUUCUGUUUUGACACCAGACAAUAAAUUAGACCUGUAUGCGCUAAGGGACGAGGCGGAGGACUGUCGGACAAACUGUAAACUUAGUCAAAAUCGACUUAAGUCCACCUAAAAGGCUUCAAACGCAAACGAUUCAUCCUUUCUGCCUGCUUCAAGGAAGGAUACGCUGCUGGACAUGUGAAUUUAAAGGAGAUACUUGCCAAGAACAACAAUGAAACCAACGACUGCCCUGUGCUACUUCGGCUUUCUCCUGACUUGCCUGUUGUUCGGGUCGAGCUCCUCACAAUCAGUAUGCGCUGGUACAGAGAACAAGCUGAGCACGCUGUCCGACCUGGAGCAGCAGUACCGCACACUGAGGAAGUACUACGAAAACUGUGAAGUCGUCAUGGGCAACCUUGAGAUCACAAGCAUCGGCCCCAGUCAGAACCUCACCUUCCUCAAAUCUAUCCGAGAAGUAACAGGCUACGUGUUGGUGGCGUUGAACCAGUUUGACUACCUGCCUUUGGAGAACUUGAGGAUUAUCAGAGGAACCAAGCUGUAUGAGGACCGCUACUCCCUCGCAAUCUUCCUCAACUACAGACGUGGUGGGAACUUCGGCUUGCGCCGGCUGGGUCUGAAAAGCCUCACCGAGAUCCUGAAUGGUGGUGUGUAUGUUGACCAGAACAAGUUUCUGUGCCAUGCAGACACAAUCCAUUGGCAGGACAUUGUCAAAAACCCACGGAUCCAUCCUGUGGUAGUGCCCACCAAUAGCAGUGUCACAUGUCCAAAGUGCCACCGUUACUGUAAUGGUCGUUGCUGGGGGCCAGAGAAGGACCAGUGUCAAAACUUAACUAAGACAGUGUGUGCUGAGCAGUGCGAUGGCCGUUGCUUUGGUCCCUAUGUUAGUGACUGCUGCCAUCGUGAGUGUGCAGGUGGCUGCUAUGGACCAAAGGACACAGACUGCUUUGCUUGCACUAACUUCAAUGACAGUGGGGCAUGUGUGACCCAGUGCCCCCAACCAUUUGUCUACAAUCCCACCUCCUUCCAACUGGAACACAACCCCAGGGCCAAGUACACCUAUGGAGCCUUCUGUGUCAAGAAGUGUCCACAUAACUUUGUGGUGGACCAUAGUUCCUGUGUAAGAGCGUGCCCCAGUAACAAGAUGGAGGUGGAGGAGAACCGCAUUAAGAUGUGCAUUCCUUGUACUGACAUCUGCCCCAAAGCAUGUGAUGGCAUUGGUACGGCCAGCCUACAGGCAGCUCAGACAGUGGACUCCAGCAACAUCGACAAGUUUAUCAACUGCACUAAAAUCAAUGGCAACCUGGUGUUCCUCAUCACUGGGAUCAAAGGGGAUGUCUAUCACAACAUUGAAGCUUUGGACCCAGAAAAGCUUAAUGUAUUCCGCACCGUUAAGGAGAUCACAGGCUUUCUGAACAUCCAGUCUUGGCCUGACAACAUGACAGACUUGAGUGUUUUCUCCAACUUGGCUACUAUUGGGGGAAGAGCGCUGUACAGUGGGAUCUCCCUGCUGGUGUUAAAGCAGCAGGGCAUCUCAUCAUUGCAGCUCCAGUCCCUGAGAGAGAUCAGUGCCGGGAACGUCCACAUCGCAGAGAACAGUCAGCUUUGCUACUACAACACCAUCAACUGGACAAGACUGUUCCGCACUGCAAACCAGAAGGCUCUGAUUCGCAACAACCAAAGCCCACAACAGUGCGCCAAGAAUCACAUGGUGUGUGACCCGCUGUGUUCGGACGCAGGGUGUUGGGGUCCUGGCCCAGACCAGUGCCUCUCCUGCAAAUACUUCAGCCGUGGACGAACCUGUGUGGAUAAAUGUAAUCUUUAUGAAGGGGACAUUCGAGAGUAUGCCAACGGCUCGGUGUGUGUGGAGUGUGAUGGCCAGUGUGAACGAGCUGACGAUGACUCUUUGACGUGCCACGGACCGGGCCCAGAACACUGUGUGAAAUGCCUCCAUUUCAAGGAUGGUCCUAAUUGUGUGGAAAAGUGUCCUGAUGGCCUGCAAGGUGCCAACAGCUUUAUUUUCAAGUACGCAGAGGCCAACAAUGAAUGCCAUCCCUGCCAUGCCAACUGCACCCAAGGGUGCAUUGGACCAAGACUACAAGACUGCAUUGGAUGGAUGGACAGAACCCCCCUGAUCGCGGCCGGGGUGAUCGGCGGCCUCUUCAUGGUGGUGAUCAUGGUGCUGAGCAUAGCAGUGUCUGUGCGGCGAAAGAACAUCAAGAAGAAGAGAGCCCUCCGUCGCUUCCUGGAGACAGAGCUGGUGGAACCUUUAACACCGAGUGGAACAGCACCUAACCAGGCCCAGCUUCGCAUCCUGAAGGAGACAGAACUCAAAAGGGUCAAGAUCCUUGGCUCUGGGGCCUUUGGGACUGUCUAUAAGGGUAUUUGGAUCCCAGAGGGUGAAAAGGUGAAGAUUCCUGUAGCCAUUAAAAUCCUAAAUGAAGCCACUGGACCCAAGGCUAAUGUGGAGUUCAUGGACGAGGCCCUGAUCAUGGCUAGCAUGGAGCACCCCCACUUGGUUCGCCUGCUGGGCGUCUGCCUCAGUCCCACCAUCCAGCUGGUCACACAACUGAUGCCUCAUGGGUGCCUGCUCGACUAUGUGCACGAGCACAAGGACAACAUUGGAUCCCAACUGUUGCUGAAUUGGUGUGUCCAGAUUGCCAAGGGGAUGAUGUAUCUGGAGGAGCGCAGGCUGGUUCACAGGGAUCUGGCAGCCCGGAAUGUCCUGGUCAAAUCUCCCAACCACAUCAAGAUCACAGAUUUUGGUCUGGCUCGCCUACUGGACGUUAAUGAGAAGGAAUAUAAUGCUGAUGGAGGAAAGAUGCCCAUCAAAUGGAUGGCCCUGGAGUGUAUCCAUUAUAGGAAGUUUACUCAUCAGAGUGACGUUUGGAGUUACGGGGUGACCAUUUGGGAAGUAAUGACCUUUGGAGGAAAGCCAUAUGACGGGAUUUCCACCAGAGAUAUCCCAGACCUGCUAGAGAAAGGAGAGCGUCUUCCUCAGCCGCCCAUCUGCACCAUCGACGUCUACAUGGUCAUGGUCAAAUGCUGGAUGAUUGAUGCAGACAGUCGGCCCAAGUUCAAGGAGCUGGCAGCAGAGUUCACUCGGAUGGCUCGUGAUCCCCAGAGAUACCUGGUCAUUCAGGGUGAUGACCGCAUGAAGCUGCCCAGCCCCAAUGACAGCAAGUUCUUCCAAAGCCUCUUGGAUGAGGAGGAGCUGGAGGACCUGAUGGAUGCUGAAGAAUACCUGGUGCCCCACUCUUUCAACAUCCCACCACUGGCAUACACCCCCCGCACACGCAUGGACUCCAACAAGAACCAGUUUGGCUACCAGGACCCAAGUUUCAGCAUGGAGGACAUGCUGGCUACCCUGCCCAGAGUGGUCUCUGUUCCACCCGUGUCGGGAGGCUGCCUCCCUCCACAGGACCUAGCCUCGGCGGGGCAGAUUGUUGGUGGAUUUGGCCGUGGCAACCAGGAUGACCCUCGCUGCAACGGCACUCUGAGGAAGCAGGCUUCCCCAAGGUCAAGCACCCUUGGGGCCGGCUCAGCGCUGACUGCAGGACAAGGUAUAGGGGAGGAUAGUAGUGGACAACGUUACAGCGCAGAUCCAACAGGUCUUUUAGCGGAACGAGGAGCAAAAUCAGACAAAGACCAAGAUGGCUACAUGACUGCCAUGAGAGACAAGAACAACUCAGACUAUCUCAACCCAGUAGAGGAAAACCCGUUCGUCACACGUCGCAGGAAUGGUGAUGCCCAUGCAAUGAUCGAUGGAGCAGGUUGCCACACUCUGCACAUGGCUGGAGCUGCUGCUGCACCGAAGAACCAGUCCGUUCAUGGGGACGAUGAGUAUAUCAAUGAGCCACUGUACCUGAAUACCUUCCUUAACCCUGGGGACAAAAAUGGAUUAGCUGGUGCAGUGUCUGUCCCUGGCCCUGUGUCCUCUGCAGCUCAAUCUGUAUCGCAGACAGUCAACCCAUCAACAUCAAGCCACACAGUCUCCUCCUCCACUGGAUAUGUGGUGCCCCCUGGCCAUAUCCCCCACCCUUCAUAUCCAUCACACACUCUGCAUCCAGGGCACUCGGGGCAUCCUCUGCACUCAGGCGUCACCAGCAGCACCAUCAUGUUUGAUAAGAAAGGCAAGAAGGCCACUUUUGACAAUCCUGAAUACUGGCAGCACAGUCUACCCCCGAAGUCCUCACUGCACAAUCCUGAGUACCUGCAGGACUGCAGCACACGCUUCUUCUACCGGCAGAAUGGACGCAUUCGCCCUGCUGUGGCCGAAAACCAGGAGUACUUGUCUGAGGCUGCUAUGAAAGCUGGCAAUGUGUUGCCACCCCCUCCAUACAGACAGAGGAACACUGUAGUGUAGUGAUCCACCUGUAGCACAAUGGAGGGAUGACAAGAGGGAUGAAGAAGGAGAUGAAUGGACAUUGGACAGUCCUUACGUACAGUACUUCUCAACCUGCGAUCUCCUUCAUCCGCUCUGAACACAUCUCUCUGUUAUGUCUGAUUGCGAGUCUUUUAUGCUCACCCUAAGGUUCUGCCUUUUCUUGACAGGACUACUGGCAGCCUCACUUGACAUUCAAACCAUCUUUUUUAGCUCCAUCCCUGGCCCUGAUGUGUAAAGUAAGUAGACACAGCUCUUCAAGGUUGGUCCUUUUCUGGAGCUCACUGUCCUGCCAUCUUUAGUACCAGAAAGGUACAAAAACAACACAAUGAAAGGAUGAAAUUGGAUGUUUUGUAAGAGAAAAAGGAGAAAUGAACUGAGGUUAGCCCAAAGAGAGGAUCGCCAUGCCUUUACAUGCUUUUCUUCAUCCACACAUGAAUUACAAUUCACCAUGUCCUUUUGGCACAUUUUCCACCCAGCUAGAACACAUUAAACACACACACGCACACAUUAAAGUAUGCACACACAUUUUUUUUUUUACUUUUGUGCAGUCUGUCAAAUGACUAAUGCACAUGGAGUUGUGUUAUGACUUACCAGCAAACAUGCAGUCAGACUAAAGAGACCAGAUGUGACUUGCAUGCCUGCCUACACGCUUCUUUGACUUUUAAAUGUUGCUGCACCAGUAAUGGAUUUCAAAAAUUUAUCACACACACAGCUCAUAUCAUACCUAAAACAUGUUAACAUGCCUGCAGCAUAGACAUACCAAUAAUAACCAUACACUGAUUCAUAAGUAAAUACACACAUGCACUAACAGAUAAACCUGCUGCCACUUAAAAUAUAUUCCAGAGGAGACUUUGUGCUGAAAGACAGAGUGUGCCGAUAAUGGCAGCCAGUGGUGCAGCGCAGAGAAAGGGUCAACGGAAAAGUAAAUGUCACCACAGUUUUAUGGAAAGCUGUGAUAUCACCCAGUAGCUGGUGGAAAGCAUCCAGCAGAUUAUUGACAUGGCUAGAAUGGGAUUUAAAAGGUCGACUACUCAGAGGACGACCCUUAACUUCCCACAUCAGUAUCCUUCUUGUUCGUCUUUCAUCCAAAGAAAUCCAGUCUGAAGAGCCAGCAAUCCAUCCACUUCAAUUUUACCUUCAUAAGAUCAUCGUAAGCAGCAUCGUGACCGACAUAACCAACGGCAACUGCAGAACAAGGAAUAACGUUUCAAAGGAAGUGAUGCUUGGGAAUGGACAAACCUUUUAAUGGGGAAAACUGAACAUGAGGGGGCAAUAUAUGAUUUUAGAAUCUCAAUCAGCAUUGUUUUUUUAUUUGUUUGUUUGUUUUUGUUUUUAGACAUCAGGGAUCUGUUUACCUUGUCACCUUCUCUUACAUUUACUCUUACACAAACAGCCACAAAAGAGCACUGUGCAGAUGGCUAACACUGCUGAGCUGUAAAUAAACCAAUUACAUGUCAUUUGAAGACAGGCACAAAUCUGGAAAAACAAAAAAAGCUCAGUGGAUGUCUGGAGCAAUGUUAAAGUACAUCAAAAGACGAGGAUAAUGGAUCUGCAAAAGAUCUUUGCAGCUCUCAGUCUUCAGUUUUAUGUGAUAAAAAACAAACCCUUGACCACAUAUUCACCACUACAGGGCCUUGCUCUGUCCCCUAGAGGUUAAGGUGGUUCAGAAAAAGUGUCUGCCAGAACUGUCUAAGAAGGCCUCCUCCACAUUUUAACCACUGAACAACCGUGGGAAAAUGGGACAUCGUCUUUUGUAGAAGUGUUUGACAUUAAUGGUAAGACAUCACAAGUUAUCACUGAAUCCACUGAAGGUUAGCUUUCUGUACUGAUAUAAUACAGCCAGAUGCCACAGUAAUCUCUGAUGGAGACCACUAGCAUCUGUCGUCAAAUGACUCUGAAGCCUAAUUUCGGCUGGGGUUGAUAAUUCAAUAGCACUCAAGGUUCUGCCACAGCCAAAUGAUUUUGCUGUUAUUCUCGCUCUAAGCGGCAAUUUAUUUUUUCUCAUCAUGUUGCAGAUAUAAUUUACAGAGAGAAAAUAGUUAGUUUCCACUGCACUGAGGCUUCAUGUUAUGUGUUUCAUCAGACAUUUUACUAACAAAGGCACAUCCCCACUCUUAAGAAUAUCAUAAUAUUAAAUUGUGAUGUUGGAUGAUUUCAAACAAUGUACAAUAUCAGCUGAUAGAAAUUUAACCAGUUCUGACUCUAUUUAACCGCUAAAAUCAAGACUUUUGGUUUGUGAUGCAGGCUUUCUGUUAAAAAAUUAUAUCUCAAGCCUUAGCCAGGGAUCAUCCUGAUAGUGCCAUCAGUGUCAUCACUAGAGUAAUUUUCUAAGACUUUGGAAAGCUCCCUCCAGAACUACACAGGACAUUACACAGCUGUUUUCAUUCACAGGCCGAGUAGCACAGCUCAUUAGGAGUAAAAGUGAUGGCAUGCUCCUUUAACCAGACAUUUGCAGCUAUAAAAACUUUCUAAGUUGAAUUUCCAAAAAAUUUUGUACAUCGUGAAGUGACAUCACAAUAUAAAUCUAGUGGUAUAGAUUGAUAUAAAAUUCUAUUUUAUAUCACCCACCCAUAGGUGAUAAUGUCAUGAAAUUUGGAGACCGACUUAUGCCUGCGCGUGCCUCACUUCUGACCUACCAAUACACAAACACUGUUACACAACAUUGUGCCUCUACAUUGAAAAUACCAGGCGGUGGGAAGUGUCACACAAGCAGUGCUGAUGAUUUAUUGUCCAAAACACAGAUGUUGCCCUGGUGCAGUGUUUUCUUCCCUUCUCAGGUUUUACAGGGGAUAAUAAUCAUCCAGUUGAGCUCCAGCUGAGGCACAAGUUACCACAUCAUAAAGGGACAUCAAGCCUACUGGCAUAAAAGUAUAAUGGAGGACAGAUUAGUGCCAUGAUACAACAGUAGAUGUCCUGCUGAAAUGUCAGACUCAGUAGAAAUGUGAUUAUUACAGGGGGUUUGAAUUGUCACUGGUCAAGUGUCAUUUACUUAGGUCUGUUUCUAACAUGAUUUAACUGUUCUAGACCUGUUCUCUUACAUAUACUGAGAUCUUCGUUGUUCUGUUGAUUUCAUAUUUACUAGUUUAAGCUUACACUUUCUUGUGUGUGAACGGGUGCAAUGAAAGUGUCCUCUUCCUGUUUUUAGACUUGAAAGUCAGUUACAUAAAGCUCCUCUUUACCAUCACCCACAAGAUAUUAGUUGUAUUGCUUGUAGACUACUGUACAGCAAAGUGCAAUGACAACAGUGGAGAGUCACCCAGAGGGUUUGUAAUGGAUCUCUGUGGAAAAAUAAAGCCAAUCUUCUUGAGGAGAAAACCUGCUGGCGCUCUCAGCCAGCAAGCGUCACAAGGGGCUUUUAGCUUUUUGAAUGCUAAUUCAACCACUUUCCCUUGUUGUUCUGCGGGGAAAUCAUGUUACCCAACAUCUCACCAAGCGCACCAGCUGAGAAACUCCGCACGACAGGCAAUAGGUUGUAAUCCUGCAGAGGGGUUAAAAAUACGGUAUUAGCAUUCCAGAAAUGUUACCCGACCAAUGCAUCAAUGUUACAAAAGCUAGCAGGGGAGAAGGUGCAAGCACACUGUAACUGGCAGAGGAGACCAAAGUUGAUUACCUUACUUUCUCCUCAGAGGUGACUAUAGAAUUGUAGUAUGUAGCAAACACUGUUCUGCAGCUGAAGCAGUGAAAACCGAAAGAGCAGCUAUGUGUGGAGGGAAUACAAACAAAGACUAAAAUAAUUUGAAGGGGGGUUGUGAUUGUGGUCAAAUGUUAACAUGAAUCUUAGUUUCUUGUUAAAAGAUAUAACAGAGGUACAGACUCUAAGGUACAACAGUUCUUACUUAAAGGAGCACAAUAACUCCCUCUCAAUAUUGACUGCUCAUCCAGUAAAUUGGCCUUACUGUGCAGUUCUAUUUAUUUUGUGCAUCUACUUUCGUUUUAAACAAAUGUUAUCACAAGGUUUGUAAAUGGCAUGUAAAGUUUUAUUUUUACUCUCAUUUUUGCUCUUCAGGGUGUCAUUGUGGCAGCAGAGAGGGUUUUUUUAUGUGCAGUUUGAAUGCUUCAUCAUCUUAUGACUGUGAUGUUCUCUAAUCAACUCUAAAGUGAUUACUAGCUAUGUCCCAGCUCAGGGGCUUUGGAGCAGCUGAGGUCCAGGCUGAACCUGCAUGUCAUUGGCAAAUGAGACAAGAUUAACAAAGACUAAACUAGUGUUGCAUUCAGGUGUUCUAAAGCUUCCUAUCGUGAAUUUCCUAUCAUGCAGUUGCCCUCAGAGUGCCUCUGACAUUGAAAUGCUGGUGGUUAACUGGUACCUGACAAGGUUAGACCACAUUAAUAGUAAAAAUAUCCAUGUAAUUUCUCCUGUAAUUAACAUGUGCAGGCCACAAACAAGAACAAACAGCAGAGUUCAUCAGUUAAUGUAUAUGAUUAACAUAUGUCUCACAAGGUGUCAGAAGUUACAGUUUACAACUUAAAUGCUGACUGUUGCACAAGUGCUUGACAGAUAUUAUAGGCUGAAAAUGAUAAGACAAUUGUGUCCUCCAAAUGAAAGCCAGACACAUUUUGGACAGCCCUUGUUGGACAGUUGAAACACACACAGCCUAGAAAAUUAGGACUUUUGGAGGGUCCAGCCCCUGAACUGGGACACAGUGACUUUAUUUAUAGAGUGUGCUCUAUUUCACUUUUUUAUGCUCUGACCAUUCAUAUCAUGGGGAUAUAUUUCACAGCAUCGGUAAUAUCAGUCCACCUGUAGUCUUACUGCACUGGAUAAACAUAUGUUAUAUUUAUGAGAACUUCACUAUCAUUACUCAAAUUGAGAUAGUUUUGGACAGCGCAUCUCAAACAAAUCACAGUUUUUUUAAAAGGGAAACCAUAAAGCAGCUGACAAACUCAUACCCUACCAUUGCAAUAGAAUCCAACUGUGAAUGACUGUCAUACUCUAAUUUUACACCCAUUCAUGUGUACAUUCUACCAUGCCAUGAUAACAGGGGUAGAUGACACUGGUUGAGUAAGCACAGUUUACAAUGUAUUGAACUGAUGGUAAAACUGUAAAAUGGAAUUAAUAACUGUCUUUUAACCAGAUGACAAAGACAUUUAGCUAAUGGGUCACUCAACAGUUUUACCAUUUUGAAAAAGUAAAAUUAAUAAAAAGUGGAUAGUAUUUUUAUAGGUAGAUAAAAGAUGGCCAGGUGCAUCUGUAAAUAGGACAAUGAUGCCUCUUUUUAAAGCUGAAGAUUUUUGUUUGUUUUUAUUUCUCCUAGCAUCAUUGCAUUUUUAGUGGUCUACUGUACCUUUAUUUUUUUUCUUUGGGGAAUAUCUUUUCUGUAUGUAUAUAAAUAUAUAUACAGUAUACAUAUAUAUAUAUAUAUGUAUAUAUAUUCUGUAAAUGUAAUUUGAAAAGUGAACUCUGAUUUUGAAAACGCUUGCAGGGUCUGUUGUCACCCCCACCCCAUCAUUUCCCCUGUGGUCGUGAGAUUGUGUUUUUAGCACAACUUGGUGGACUUUGUGUUUUGACCUCUGCUCUUGCUCACUUUGUAGGAGUGAAUUUAUUUUCUUUUUAACUGGAUGUAGUAUACCUCCACUACUCUUCACACUUCUCUCAGUAUUAUCCACUUCUUUUUUUAAAGAUUUUGUACACUCUUAAAAUGCUGUUGCAAUACUAAUGAAUAUUCAAUAUUUUAUCGCCCUUUUCUCUCAGUGUUUUCCUAACCAAUGUUAUUAAUCCACCAGUGUCACUUUACACUCUGAGUUUUAAGGACCUAUACUAUAUUUCCUUGAGUCAUUUAAUUUCCAUUUGCACUGAAUUCAGUCAUUGUUUACUUUCAGAUAAUAUCCAGCUCUUCAUACAUUUGGGGCAAUACCAAAUGUAGGGGGCAAUACCAAUUCAUACACCUGUAGCAAUAUCAUGUUACAGCUCCCAGAGUGAUUUCAUGGUGUUUGAUAGACAAAAAGGAAGACAGUUUGCAUGGGCUGGCCUGACCAUUUAAAUAACUGAUAUUUGCUUGUAUAGAGUUUAUUAGGUAAGCUUUUCUAGCUUCAUCAGGACUUCGAUGUUUGCUCUUUUCCUAAAGUCACAGUUUAAAAGGGAGAUAAUAGUUCCAUUUCACAGGACCUUCAAAAGUUUGGCCCAUUUGUCACCUUACCUAAUAUUUGAUAUGAGAACUGGCACCAAAAUCAUCACAUCUUCUGUCUUCUUUGUGACAUUGUUGUAAAUGUGUCAGCAGUGAUCAAGCAGUGCGUCUCAAUUCUGAUAUCAAGUGCUGCUGAUGCUUACUAAAGCUGAAUGAUUGAAUGUUAAAUGUACUAUCUAAACCUAUCAGGGAAAAGGGAAUUGUAGGAAAAGUUUAUUGACGCACAAUUUCACAAUUGGAAAAUACUUUCAGUUGUAUUAGAUACUUCAAUAGUAGAAUUCUCAAGCACAACUUGUGUUGUUUAUGCAGGAAGUCAGUCAGACGAUUACAGGUUUUUGUGCUGUUUUCUGAUAAUGCUGUAGACUCUAGUGUACAGUACACAUGCACUGUACUGGCAUUUGAACAGAUGGUUUUGGUGGCAAUCUUGUCCUUUACAAUAUAGAGCAUUUACAUUUAUAUUCGGUGAAGAGGUCAGUUUGGCAAGCUUCUCAAAAGUCCACAUCUGUUUAAAACUACGCUGAAGUUUGGAAGAAAGUAUAUUUUAUUGUAAAAAUGAUCAGAAACUAUCAUUGCUUUGUAUCGUCUCAUCAGAAUGAUUGAGAACUAAGUUUUAUAGACCAUAUCUUGUCGCGUAUUAGCAGUUUCAAGAGUACUCUCUUCACUGAAUUUACACAUUUCCCAAGCUAGAACAUUUAAAUACGUAUGCCCUCUGUUUUGUUACAUGAAUCUGUCAAAACUAUAUUUUUAAGUCAAUAUGAAUAAAGAUCAGUCAAUAUUUAAAAAUGGAUUGUUCUCAUUUU